GAUAUUCACAUUUUUAACUCCAAAAUCGACCGCCACCCAUCACAACCGCACAUACUCGGCUCUGCUGCCCCAAAUACACACCCACCUUGCACAACCACACACCCACCCAACAAAGCCCACAAAAAAGCUCAGAACUCACAAACCCCAGCCACCAAAACGCCGCCGCGGCCUUAACCCACAAACCCCAGUCACCAAAACGCCGCCGCCGCCGCCGCAACCCACAAAAUCCAGCCAUCACCGCCUCAACUCUCUCUCGCUUCGCUUCACCAAAAUUUGAUAACUGCAAAAAAAUAAACAAUAAGAGAGAAUGUCGGUGCUGAUAGUGACGAGCUUAGGGGACAUAGUGGUGGAUUUGCACACAGACAAGUGCCCCUUGACCUCCAAAAACUUCUUGAAGCUUUGCAAGAUCAAGUAUUACAAUGGUUGUCUAUUUCACACGGUUCAGAAGGACUUCACUGCACAAACCGGUGACCCCACCGGUACCGGGUCCGGUGGCGAUUCAAUCUACAAAUUUCUUUAUGGUGAUCAAGCUCGCUUUUUCAAUGAUGAGAUUCAUCAUGAUUUAAAGCAUUCUAAGACAGGCACUGUUGCCAUGGCUAGUGCUGGAGAGAAUCUUAAUGCUUCUCAGUUCUAUUUCACACUGCGUGACGAUCUUGACUAUCUAGAUGAGAAGCACACUGUUUUUGGGGAGAUCGCGGAAGGGCUUGAUACAUUGACGAGGAUAAAUGAAGCUUAUGUGGAUGAGAAGGGCCGACCAUUUAAGAAUAUUCGAAUCAAACACACGUACAUACUGGAUGAUCCUUUUGAUGAUCCUCCCCAGAUAGCUGACUUGAUUCCUGAUGCUUCGCCAGAAGGAAAACCAAAAGAUGAGGUUGAUGAUAAUGUGCGGCUUGAGGAUGACUGGGUGCCCAUGGAUGAGCAGUUAGAUGCUUCAGAGCUUGAGGAGGUUCUCCGCACAAAGGAAGCACAUUCCAGAGCAGUUGUACUUGAAAGUAUCGGAGAUAUUCCUGAUGCUGAAAUAAAGCCUCCUGAUAAUGUGCUAUUUGUUUGUAAACUGAAUCCAGUUACUGAAGAUGAGGACUUGCAUACCAUCUUUUCACGUUUUGGAACUGUAUUGUCGGCUGAAAUAAUUCGUGACUUUAAGACUGGAGACAGUUUAUGCUAUGCUUUCGUAGAGUUUGAGACGAAUGAUGCAUGUGAACAAGCUUAUUUUAAGAUGGAUAAUGCUCUGAUCGAUGACCGAAGGAUACAUGUUGAUUUUAGUCAAAGUGUUUCAAAACUGUGGUCCCAGUACAGACGUAAAGAUAAUAAAACAGGUAAAGGAGGUUGCUUCAAAUGUGGUGCUCUUGAUCACGUUGCCAAGGACUGCACUGGUGGCUCAGCCGUCAAACAGAACUAUAUUUUAAAGGAUGAUAACCGACAGCGAGGUGGUGAGAACAAUUCUAGGUUUGAAAUGGUAUUUGAUGGAGACACUCCUGAAAGUCCAAGACGAGAAAAACGACAUCGAGGCCAUGAGCCACGUGACCGAGGUGAGAAAGAAAAGACGUAUAGGCAGAGUUCUGAAGACCUAAGGCAUAGGGACCGAGAAAAUGAAGACCAGAGUGAUAGGCACAAGCCGACUGACAGAAGUAGAAGAUACAGAGAGGAUGAGAUGCAUCAUGAUGGUAAAACAAGUCAAUCCCGUGGAAGUGGAAGAGAUCGGGAUCAUGUUGAAGAGAGAAGGGAUGGAGAAAAGCAUAAACAAAGAGAUCUAAAUGAUAACAAGAGAGAUGAGCGGGAUUAUGUCGAAGAGAGAAGGGAUGGAGAAAAGUAUAAACGAAGAGGUCUAAAUGAUAACAACAGAGAUGAGCGGGAUUAUAGAAAGAGAACUCCAGAUAUUGAUAGGCAUGCAGAAAAGGGGGAUGAUGGAGAUUAUAAGAAGAGAAGUAAAGAUAAUUCUAGCCAUGCAGGAAGGAGGGAUGAUAGAGAGUAUAGGAAGAGAGGUGCAGAUAAUGAUAACUAUAUUGAAAGGAGCAAUGGUGGAGAUUAUAGAAAGAAAAGUGCAGAUGAUGAUCGCCGUGGGGAAAGGAGGGAUGACAGGGACUAUAGGAAGAGAAAUGUGGACAGUGACCGGCGAGACACAAGGGAUGAGCCAAGUCAGAGAAAAAGAAGUGCAGACGUUGAUAGCUUUAAAGGCAGGCGAGAAGAGCGAGAACAUGGUGAUAGGUAUAAAGACAGGAGGGACGAUGAUCAUGAUAGAAGGCGCCAAGGUGACAGGAGAUGAAGUCUUGAAUGGUGUAUGGUUAUGACCAGAAGAGAUUGCAUUAAACUUUGUCUUGUUUUAUCGUUGCCAUGUAAUGAAGUAUGAAACUAAACGUUGGAAUUAAUGUAGUGUUUAAAAUGAUUAGUUCUAUCAUGAAUUACGCAAUUUUUAAAAAAUCAUCCAAAUGUAAAACUGUUAAGCAAAUAGCAUUUGUUAUAGGAUCAAAAAUUUUGUUUAUUCUAUUUUCCAGCUUUGUUUUAGGGA